GUUUAAAAACUCAAUCCCCAAAAAGAAAAAUGAGAUAAUAAACAAAAUAAAUAAUUGUGAAGGCAAAGCAAAGCUCAGAGAGAGAAAGAGGAAGAAGGAUGAGAAUUUUAUUAUCUUCCUUGAUAAAUCCCAAUACCUAAAUACCCAAUUUCCCCCUUAAUUUUUAGGCGGCCAGAGAGAAAGAUUAAAAGAGAGACGCAUUGCUUUCUCUGGAAUCUUCGCUGCUUACAAUCGAUCUCUGCCCAGAUUCUCCGGAGGAGCUUUGCGUCUUUCUCCUUGUCCUAGAGAGACAUUAGAGGGUCCUAUCUAACUUGUUCUUGAGCUUUCAAAAGGUGGUUACUGUGUCUAUGGAGUAGAAUCAAAUCUGGAGAAAUGGUUUAAGCUGUGUUGUGGAAGGAGUUUCAGCUGGGGAUUUGAUGGGUAAAGAGAGUCCGUUGGAGAUUACCAAUAGCGGAGUCAGUGAUCACGACGCUCCACCUCUCAAGAACGAUGAAGCACCACCACCACCACGUUACAGUUCAGACAAAGACACCGGCUUACCAACUUGCCGCGUCUGCCAAUGCGCAGAAUCCGACAGGAGAGGAGACGCCGCUCUAGGCUUUUUAGGCAUCACACCUCCCGUUUCAGAGCCUCGUAGAAGCAGCAACGCAAACCAAGAAACCGCCGAUCAUAAAACCGGCUUCAUCGAACUGAUAAGUCCAGACGGAGAAGUCUUCGUCUGCGCGAACGAAGACAUAGAAAUGGGAGCUUGGCAGCACCGAGACACCUUGCUAGAGCUCGGAUGCUCUUGCAAAAACGACCUCGCUCUGGUGCACUACGCCUGCGCGUUGAAAUGGUUCGUGAACCACGGAUCAACCGUCUGCGAGAUAUGCGGCAACGUCGCGGUGAAUGUGAGAACGGUUGAUCUCAACAAAGUGGUUGUAGCGUUGAAAGACUACGCAGCGCUGAGAGAAAGAACGGCUGGUGGAGAUCCGAACCCUGUAGCUGUUUGUAACAACAGCAACACGAGCUCUUCGGGGAUAGAUCCUGAUGCGGUUGCAGCCAUUCGAAGGCAACGGCUUAGUGAGAUUUCGUUGUGGUUUGGUCCGCAUUGUCCGAACAACAAUAAUAGUAGUAGUAAUUCUGCAGCUGUGGGAGGAGCUGCUUCUUCUCAGGUUACAUCUGAACAGCCUUUGGGUGUAGUUAGCUUUGAUAUAUUGCCUAUGGAGAGCAGAGCGACUAAGUGGGCUGUGGAAGGUACUGGGAUACUGCUGGCUACGGGAUUACUCACUGUUACUUUGGCUUGGCUCAUUGCUCCACGUGUUGGAAAAAGAACUGCAAAGAGUGGACUGCACAUACUCCUGGGUGGACUAUGUGCUCUAACAGUGGUCAUCUUCUUCAGAUUUGUAGUGCUGACUAGGAUCAGGUACGGACCAGCACGUUACUGGGCAAUAUUGUUCGUGUUCUGGUUUCUAGUGUUUGGCAUCUGGGCAUCACGUUCUCACGCUCACGCUUCCACUUGAACAUUCUUCUUCAUUCUCCUGCUUUAUUGUGUGGCUCUUUUGUUUUUUGUAUGUUUCUGUCAAUAUUGUUUACUAGUUUCUUCUCUUGAAGAGAAAAUGUACAAUUAAUUACACCUAUAAAAAGAAGACUUCACAACAAAGUCUCUUCAACUCA